CCAAAAAGAAAUGUGGUCAGCACAUUUGCUCCUGGAUUUUGUGAAACCAUGAACCUUUAGUGGUCUUAGAUUAUGCAAAAUCAUCAAUCUUGGCUUAAAUUGGAACAGAAACUUUUACUAGCAUAGUAACAUAACAUUGCAUCACUGAGCUGAUUUGUCAGUUAUGAUAAUGUAAAGUAGUGAAAACUUGCACAGAAACAUUUUUGACAUCUACUUAUUGCCGAUUACAGAAAGCAACAGAUAAUCUGGAUUAGUCAGUGGGAGUGUGGGACCACAGAGUCUGGAAUUGACCAUCGGGAAGGAAAGAGGCUGGAAUUGCAUCUAUGAAUGGAAUCACAGUUUGAAUUACAUCACCACAGAGUUAAAUGGGUGACUGAGUGGUGGGUCAUAGCCUCAUAGGCAUGCAGUGCAAAGUGCAACUUUCGAGAGCUACAUAGUGGGCAAAUUUUAUGUGGAGGACAUAGAGAAAGACAGUGCCAAAUGAUGGCAGCUAACAAAAACGACUUCAAUAAAUAAUCGAGUCUAACACUAAAUACCAUACAGCAGCCACCUUCAACAUUCCCUGGCCCUCAAAAUUAGGUAUCCUGAUCAAGGUCAAUGCUGAAUGAUAGUAUUCAGAACACAAAAAUUCUCAGGAGCAGUGUAGCUGCUGUGAAGCAUUAACAUGACAGUUGAUAAACACUUAAGAAAUAAGCAGUCCUAAACAUUUGCAAAUUUAGCAUGACCUCAGCUGUGCAGACCCAAAUUUAUCAAAUUAACAAUGUUAAUGAUUUGCUGUUAGCAGCUGGCCAGCCACCCAGCCCAAACUAGUCCAAGUCAAGAAUGGCCUGUCUACCUAUGUUUCUCUUUAUAUAGCACACCUUUGUAGUACACUUUCCAUCACCUACUUGCCUCCUUCAUACACUCUCAUAUCCUCUCUUGCAACAGAGAGACGAGCAGAAAAUGGCUUCUCCCUUCCUUGUCAUCAUUUUCAUGGUUGCCCACGUCCUUGGUUGUGUGGCUACAGACACCAUCACCUCCACCACACCCUUGUCCGGCACAUGGAAGCUGGUAUCCAAGGGCAACAAGUUUGAACUAGGCUUCUACUCACCAACACGAGGUGGCAACACCUCUUCCAAUAGAAACUACUCCUACUACAUAGCCAUAUGGUUCAGUAACAUACAAGAGGUGACGGUAGUUUGGACAGCAAACACCGAGGACCCAGUGUCCGAUCCAAGCGAAGCCUCCUUGUCCAUAUCCACUGACGGAAACCUUGUCCUCUUUGACAAAACCAGGAACAAACAGAUUUGGUCCACCAAUGCAAGCAUAUCCUCCAACUCCACCGUUGCUUCCAUUUUGGACUCCGGCAGCCUCGUGCUUACUGAUGCCUUCGACUCGUCGAAGGUAUUAUGGCGUAGCAUCGACCACCCAACAAACACAUGGCUCGCUGGCGGCAAGUUGGGACUAAACAAGAUUACUGGUGUGAGCCAGCGGCUAACUGCAUGGAGAAGCAACGACAACCCAUCUCCUGGCCUGUUCUCACUGGUGCUGGACCCAAAGGGCACGACAGCGUAUCUCAUGCAGUGGAACAAAUCCGUGAGUUACUGGACCAGCGGCCCCUGGAAUGGUGAAGUUUUCAGCCUGGUGCCAGAGAUGAGGUCAGACUAUGCGGGCGGCUUCCAGUUCGUCAACAAUGCCAAUGAGAGCUACUUCACAUAUGGUUUGCCAGAUGACUCGAUCGCUUCACGGGUCAUAAUGGAUACAGAUGGGCAGUUUAAGCAUCUGAUGUGGGUCAAUGCGACCCAGAAAUGGAUACUGUUCUGGUCAGUGCCAAGGACGCAGUGCGAGGUGUAUGCAGUUUGUGGACCAUAUGGAAGUUGCAAGCUUGAUGCCUUGCCAUUCUGCAGCUGCAUCAAGGGAUUUAGCGCAAAGGUUCAGAGUGAAUGGGACCUUGGGGUGUACAGUGGAGGAUGCAAAAGAGGUGUUCCUUUGCAUUGCCAGACCAAUUUGAGCUCAGAGAAAUCUGAGGCUGAUAAGUUCCAUUCCAUGGCAGAUGUGAGGCUACCUGAUCAUGCUCAGGCAGCAAAUGCUGGGAGCCCUGAAAAUUGCCAGGCGGCCUGCCUGAACAGUUGCAGCUGCAGUGCUUACACCUAUAAUAACAGUGGCUGCUUUGUUUGGCAUGGAGACUUGGUCAACCUCCAAGAACAGUACAGUGGCGAUGGAGCAGGAACACUCUUUCUCAGACUUGCGGCAUCCGAGCUGCCAGCUGUUACAAAACGCAGGACUGCAACCAUAGGUGUAGUUACUGGUGGAGCUGUUGCAGUUCUGACAAUCCUUGUCAUUGUAUUGUUCAUAUUAAUUCAAAGGUGCCGUGGAGAUAGUGCUCUUCAGGUAUUUGAGAAUACCGGGGAUAGGUUGACCAACUUCCGGUACAGUGAUCUGCAACAUGCCACCAACAACUUUUCAGUCAAGUUGGGAGGAGGUGCCUUUGGCUCAGUGUUCAAAGGCCAACUUCCUGGAGGUACAACUCCUAUUGCUGUGAAGAGGCUAGACGGGCUUCAACAAGGGGACAAGCAGUUCCGUGCUGAGGUGAUUACCGUAGGGAUGAUCAAUCAUGUUAACUUGGUACGCCUACUUGGGUUCUGCGCUGAAAAUAGCAAUAGGCUCCUUGUCUAUGAGUACAUGGAAGGUGGUUCAUUGGACUCCUAUCUGUCCAGGAAAGAUAGUAAUAGCACUAUUCUUGAUUGGAAAACAAGGUACAACAUUGCCUUGGGCAUUGCAAGAGGUCUGGCAUAUCUGCAUGACCAGUGUAGGCAAUGUAUCAUCCACUGUGACCUGAAGCCAGAAAACAUACUCCUUGAUGCCAACUUCCAAGCAAAAGUGGCAGAUUUUGGCUUGGCAAAGCUUCUUGGUCGUGACUUCAGCUGCGUCUUGACAACAAUGAGGGGAACUAUGGGGUACCUCGCACCUGAGUGGUUCUCCGGGCUGCCCAUAACAUCAAAAAUAGAUGUCUACAGCUUCGGAAUGACGCUUCUUGAACUGAUUUCAGGGAGGAGGAACACAACUUCAUCCGAAAGUGACAUUGGACCUUUCUUUCCAUGUUGGGCAGCAACCCAAGUGACUGAUGGCAAUGAAAGGUUCAUUUUGGAUCAUAGAUUGGGAGGAGUCGCUGACAUGGAGGAACUUGUCAGAGCUUCACGCCUGGCAUGUUGGUGCAUCCAAUAUGAGGAACAUCGGCCAUCCAUGGCACUUGUGGUCAAGAUGAUGGAAGGUAUAUUGGAUGUUGAUGUGCCACCAUUUCCAGGACCUCUUCGUUGUCUAUUGGACAAUGAGGCUUCAUCUCUAACCGAUAUUAAUCAUAAAAGAUCUUGA